UUGAAAGAAACAUGGUUUUGUACUUGAUAAUUAAACCGGAAGGUGGAAAACCAAAUUGUGUUUCAUUUGCGUAUUAUAGUUUCCAACUUUGUUGCUACCUAUAAAUUGUGUUAGCAUCCAUUUCACGAUCCUCAUUCCCCGGAUCUCUACAACUCCGACCCGACCCAUUUACGCAACCCAAACCGGGUCAACCAGAACAAUGGAUAAGCCUAGCUUUGUAAUCUCACCCGAAGAAGCUGAAUCCGCCGCGAACCAACUCGGCGUCUCCGUCCUCCAGCUCCUCCCUUCGCUGGUCAACCCUGCGAAAUCCUUCGCUCGACCACCGAUCUCAAAAUUCCACGUCGGAGCCGUCGGAAUCGGAUCAUCGGGUCGGAUCUUCUUAGGAGUCAAUGUCGAGUUCCCAGGCCUCCCUCUCCACCACUCGAUCCACGCGGAGCAGUUCCUCGUCACCAAUCUCACCCUCAACGGCGAGCGUCAUCUCCGCAACUUCGCCGUCUCCGCCGCGCCGUGUGGACAUUGCCGUCAAUUCCUCCAAGAGAUACGCGACGCGUCGGAGAUCAGACUCAUAAUCACCGAUCCGAACGCCACCGCGGAUCCCGACGCCGAUUCAGACGGAUUCCUCCGCCUCGGGAGCAUCUUGCCGCACAGAUUCGGCCCCGAGGAUCUUCUCGAGAAAGACUUCCCUCUCAUCCUCGAGCAUCACGAUAACAACCUCACGAUCUCGGAUCUCGAUCCGAUCUGCAACGGAAACACCGUGGAAUUGAAACGCACGGCUCUAGCGGCGGCGAACAGAUCCUACGCGCCGUAUAGUUUGUGUCCGUCGGGAGUUGCGCUGGUGGAUUGCGACGGGAAAGUGUAUAGAGGAUGGUACAUGGAAUCGGCGGCGUAUAAUCCUAGCUUGGGACCAGUACAGGCGGCGUUGGUGGAUUACAUUGCUAACGGAGGCGGAGGAGGUUACGAGAGAAUCGUCGGAGCUGUGCUUGUGGAGAAAGAAGACGCGGUGGUGCGGCAAGAGCACACGGCGAGGUUGCUGAUACAGAUGAUAUCGCCGAAAUGCGAUUUCAGCGUCUACCAUUGCCAUUGACCUUUGAGAUAACGUAUCACCAAAAGAAAAAGAAAAUAAAAAACGAAUAAUAAAUAAUAAAAUGGACUUUAAAUUCGUAACCCAAAACAAACAAAAAAUAGUUAAUUAUUGAAACUUAAAAGUUGAGAGCGAUGCCUCUGCUCUGAAUGAUGAAUGGAUUGGUGAUGAUGAGACGUAAGAGAAUAUAAGAAGACUCUUUUAUCUUAUUUGUAUUAUGUAUAAACUAUUCUAAUAAAUUAUUAUGUUCGUCUGUACUUUUAAAACUAUA